AUGGUCGAGUACGUGUAUACCGACGUCCACAUGAACGCCAUUCUUCAGCUACCAUACAAGAAGUCGAAAGAUUUGGUGGUGGAUACCGACAAUCAGCGCGUCAUCAUCCACGUGAGGGACGUGAACGACGAACCCCCUUACUUCAUAAACAGGCCUCUACCCAUGCAGGCCGUCGUGCAACUAAACGCUCCCCCCAACACCCCCGUAUUCACGCUCCAGGCUCGCGAUCCCGACACGGACCACAGCAUCCACUAUUUCAUAGUGAGGGACCGCACUGGGGGGCGAUUUGAGGUGGACGAGCGGUCGGGGGUGGUUAGGACCAGAGGGACUGACCUAUUUCAGCUUGACAUGGAGUACGUUUUGUACGUCAAGGCCGAGGAUCAGAACGGAAGGGUGGAUGAUCGGAGAUACCAGUCUACUCCGGAGGAAAGGCUGUCUAUAGUGGGCGGGAAGAGGGCACCACAGUUCUAUAUGCCCAGUUACGAAGCCGAGAUACCCGAGAAUCAGAAGAAGGACUCAGACAUCAUAUCGGUGAAAGCCAAGUCCUUUGCUGAUCGAGAAAUUAGAUACACGUUGAAGGCUCAGGGACAGGGUGCUGGAACUUUUAACAUCGGUCCCACGUCCGGCAUAGUCAAGCUAGCCAAAGAAUUAGACUUCGAGGAUUUGAGACAGCCCCAUGUUUACUCACUCGUGGUCACUGCUACUGAAGACUCAGGCGGAUUCUCAACAUCAGUAGAGCUGACAAUUCGAGUGACCGACGUCAACGACAACGCCCCAAAGUUCGAGUUACCAGACUACCAAGCCCACAAUGUGGAUGAAGACAUCCCAGCUGGUACUAGUAUCCUUAAGGUGAAGGCCAUGGAUGCCGAUAGUGGCACCAACGCAGAGAUAGAGUACAUGGUAUCAGACGAUCAUUUCAGUGUGGAUCCGAGUGGAAUCAUUUCCAACAACAAACAGUUAGAUGCGGAUAACAACAACGCUUACUACGAAUUUGUGGUGACUGCGAAAGACAAAGGGGAACCAGCCAAAACGGGUACCGCUACCGUACGGGUUUACACGAAGAAUAAAAACGACGAAGAACCGAAGUUCUCGCAGCAAGUGUACACGCCUAACGUCGACGAGAACGCUGGUCCGAACACUUUGGUUACGACCGUGGUUGCUUCUGACAAAGACGGUGAUAAUGUGAGAUUUGGUUUUGUGGGAGGCGGCACCAGUUCUGGACAGUUCGUGAUAGAGGAAAUUACAGGUGUGAUCCGUUUGCACAGCAAAGCCAUAUCUCUAGAACGGGACAAAUACGAGUUAAACGUAACAGCUAUGGACGACGGCGCGUGUUGCGUCAACGGUGACGCGACGAUCCACACCAGCACCGCCGUGGUCGUCGUCUUUAUCACCGACGUAAACGAUAAUAAGCCAAUUUUUAAGGACUGCGGGACUUACUAUCCAAAAGUGGAAGAAGGCGCUCCCAAUGGUUCCCCUGUUAUCAAAGUUCACGCCACAGACGAAGACAAGGGUGUCAAUGGGCAAGUGAAGUAUUCCAUUGUCCAACAGCCUAACCAGAAAGGGACCAAAUUUACCGUGGACGAGGAAACUGGGGAGGUGUCCACCAAUAAGGUGUUUGACAGGGAAGGCGAUGAUGGAAAGUUUGUGUCUGUUACUGUUAAAGCUACAGAUCAAGGCGAACCGUCGUUAGAAGGAGUCUGUUCUUUUACUGUGGAAAUUACGGACGUGAAUGAUAAUCCCCCUCUUUUCGACAGACAGAAAUACGUGGAAAACGUGAAGCAAGACGCCAGCAUAGGCACGAACAUCCUCCGCGUGUCCGCCUCCGACGAGGACGCCGACAACAACGGCGCCAUAGUGUACACGCUGAACGCCGGUUCCAACGCGGCCGACCUCGAAUAUUUCGAGAUCCAGCCCGAGUCGGGUUGGAUAGUGCUGAAGAAACCCCUGGACCGAGACAGGUACCGUCUGCGCGUGCGCGCUUCUGAUAGAGGCACCCCACCAUCCUACGCGGACGUGGACAUUGAGUUAGACGUCGUUGACAGAAACAAUAAGCCACCACUAUGGGAUGAUGCCACGUACGGCCCCAUUCACAUCAGAGAAAAUGUCACAGUGGGUACUGUAGUGACUUCUGUGAAGGCCAGGUUGCGUGAGACCUACAAGCUGGAGGCCACCGCCCAAGACAAAGGCUACCCUCCCCUGUCCCGAUCCGUGGAAGUCCAGAUAGACGUUGUGGACCGCGCUAACAACCCUCCCGUCUGGGAUCACACAGUUUACGGCCCCAUCUUCAUCCGGGAAAACUUCCCGGUUGGGGCUAAGGUGGUGUCGGUGAAGGCAAGCUCGGGUAUCGAAAACAACCCAACGGUUUUCUACCGGUUGAUGCCUGGUUCCACAGCGCAGACCAACAAGUUCCACACUUUUUACCUGCAACAGAGGCCAGAUAAUGGCUUCACUUGGGCCGAUAUCAAGGUGAACCACCCUCUGGACUAUGAAACCAUCAAGGAGUAUAACCUGACAAUCCGUGUUGAGAACAACGGCGCCCAACAACUGGCGUCGGAGGCUACCGUGUACAUCCAAUUAGAAGACGUCAACGACGAGAUCCCAUUGUUUACCGAAAGAGAACAGGAAACCGUGCUGGAAGGCGAGCCCAUCGGCACAAAAGUCACCCAAGUGAACGCCAUCGACAAAGACGGAACGUUCCCUAAUAAUCAAGUGUACUACUACAUCGUGGACUCGCCUCGUAACGAGGGUAAAGACUUCUUCGAGAUCAACAAGGAGACCGGGGAGGUGUUCACAAAGAUCGUGUUCGAUAGGGAGAAACAGGGCGCCUACGCGCUGGAGAUCGAGGCCAGGGACGGAGCGCCAUCUGCCAGGCCGAACAGCGACAACGAACCCAAUUCAGAGUGA